AUGGCAAGACAGGUAGUCGCCAAAGCAGCGCGGAGCCAACCGACGGACGUUGGAGAAAUAGCAUCGCUGCACGACGUCGACUCAUACAACGCCCUGCAGGAGGAUUUCGACCGGAUCAUGGCACAGAGGUUGAGGGAGCCAGGUGUUAUUAGGACAGUAAAGAACAAAAGACACACCAUGGACUCCCUCGACUUCUCGGCGAUUAGGUCGCUGGAUCUAGUGGUCCACAACUACGUGAAGCACAACCCAGUCACUGAUAUGGGGAUGCUAGCCAUCUUGUAUCAGACGGCACAGGACUGCUACGACAAGUACAGCGCGAAACCAUCGUCGUCCUCGGGAAAGAAGGAGGCAGCAGAGAGGAGGAUCAAGGAGCUGGAGGAGAUAGGAGCACUACUUCUGAAAUACAAGCAGAAGGUCCCCCUGGAGAAGGAGGAUAGGAAACGCGUUUAUCGCCAAAUGGACAAGUACAACAUGAUCGCGGACAAGCCGCAGGAACUGUCAUACGUGAUCAGCAGGACUCAAGAGGAACUCCAAAAGGAGCAGGACAAACUCAAGAACGCCAAGUUCAAGCAGGAGUUGUACAACCAUAACCGCAUGUUCGAGCUUUACACGGGACACUUCUACAGGACACUGGAGAAACAGCAGGACGCGGAUGAGUCGGCGAUAAACGAGGGGAUGAUGAUAGAGUACUGGGCGCAAAUGUGGGUGAAGCCAAACGCACCGCACAACGGUGAAGGAUACCUGGUCGAAAGACCACCGGCAGAGAACAUGGCAGGCUUUCCCACAUACGAGGAAUUCGUCACGAUCGUCAAGAAAUUGCGAGACUGGAAGUCGCCCGGUGCGGAUGGGAUCUACAACUACUACAUUAAAUGGCUCACGUCCCUUCACAGAGUCAUUUAUAGGCUAGUAGAGGAGGCAUGCACGCAAGGCAAAGUGCAGGACGACUGGUUCUACUGUGGGAUCACGUACCUACUACCGAAGAACAAGAAACCAAAGUCCGCCGCACAAUACAGGCCUAUCACGUGCAUGUCCAACCUAUACAAGCUAACUACCCGUUGUGCAACGGAGACGCUUAAGCGAGAAGUCGAUGGCAGGGGACUACGGUCCGAGAACCAGAUGGGCACGAGGAGCAACGUACAGGGUGCAAAGGAGCACGCGUUAGCUAACAUCGCGCUCAACGAGAAGCACAAGGGGAAGUUACUUGCAACGUGGGUCGACGUCAUGAAGGCGUACGACUCAAUCCACCACGCGUACCUGGCAAGGGUUAUCGACAGCCUUAACCUACCAGGGUGGUUAUCAAACUUCAUCAAGCAGACGACCAAGAGGUGGAAUAUAGAGAUACGGUGGAACAAGAACACAAUCAUGCACAAGAAAGUAGAGAGGGGCAUUCUCCAAGGCGACAGCCUGUCGCCCCUUCUCUUCGUGCUGUGCUUGGACCCGCUGAGCAGGCACCUGACUCGCAUCUUCCCCAAGGUGGAGCUAAGCGUGCCUGGCGGCAGGAUCUUCGCCACAAACCACUUUCUCUAUAUUGACGACCUCAAGUUCUUCGCCCACGAGGAAAGUACGAUGAGAGGAAUGGGCCGAGAAGUGGAGAAGUUCUUCAACGACAUAGGACUCAGGAUCAACCGCGACAAGUCGGCAACCAACACGGAGGCGUGCGUGAGCAUCGCCAAGCAGAUGGAAGGCCCGGAGACGUACAAGUACUUGGGAGUCACAGAGACUUCAAACUCACUUACAAGCGACGGAAUGUUCGACAUAAUACUACAGGAGAUAUGCAGGAGAACGGAGCUACUGGCUGCGUCAAAGCUGUCGGGGAAAAACCUCUCGAUGGCCAUCAACCAGUACGCCCUCAGCGUCAUCAACUACUACAUCGGCGUGAUCCCCAUGGACAUCACGCAUUUCGACAAGAUCGACCUGGCAGUACGGAGAAUAAUUAACGCGAAGCACGGACACAAGAAGUGGGCGAACACACAGAGGCUCUACCUCCCCCGGAAAGAGAUGGGGAGAGGGCUCCACAGCAUGGUAUUCAGAGCGGAAGCCAUGCUGCUACGACUGUGGUUGACGUUUUCAGCAGACGAGGUGACGUCAACCAGGAGGGCUGCGAUCAUGCAGCAUUUUCGCGACACAUACGCGCACAUAUCUCAUAUCAAGAUGCACCUGGAAGGGAGAUAUGGAAUGGAAUUCGGAGUGGAGGACACGACGGACAAGAGCCUCAGGGACCUCAGGGUGGCCCAAAACAAAUGGCUGUACAACAGAAUGCACGUAAAAUCAACUCAUAAGGUUCUGUAUGCCAAGCGUGAGGACCCCAAGCUGGACAUCGAGGCGUCGUCAUUGUACCUGACGUGUGGAAUACUCACCCCGGAAGAAGCAGCGAAGGAAUCUGCAAUGGAUGACUUCGUCCAAGAAAUGCUCAAGAUGCAACAACGGCAGGAACUCCACUCAUUACUCGGGAGGCAAAUAGGACCACCCAAGGAUAAGAUAGACGCCCACAAGAUCGAGAGUGAAGUGCAUGGAAAAUACGGAUGGAUCGCGUACGACAAGACGGUCAAGACUCAGAAGACUAAGGAAUACAACAGGCCAGACAUCAUCCUGGCGGAUCGGCGGAGGAACACCAUAACCAUCGUGGAGAUAGGAAUCACCAAUCAAGACAACCUAGUGGAUACGGAGAAGUUCAAGAAGCAGAAGUAUGAAGACCUUAUCGAGGACCUCAAGGCGCGACAGUUUAACCAGCAAACCAAGAUCAGGGUUAUCCCCUACGUUAUGACGUGGGAGGGAAUAGUGACAAAGGAGCACAGCAAGUACAGACGGGACCUGGGCAUAUCGGAUCGCAUGGAAGCUCACAUAUAA